AUGACCGAACGGUCACUGGUGGAUCCCAGGGGGCACUACAGUGGAUCCCCAGGGCGCUACAGUGGAUCCCUGGGGCACUACAGUGGAUCCCCAGGGCACUACAGUGGAUCCCCAGGGCGCUACAGUGGAUCCCCAGGGCGCUACAGUGGAUCCCCGGGGCACUACACUGGAUCCCCAGGGCACUACACUGGAUCCCCGGGGCACUACAGUGGAUCCCCAGAGCACUACAGUGGAUCCCCAGGGCGCUACAGUGGAUCCCCGGGGCGCUACAGUGGAUCCCCGGGGCACUACACUGGAUCCCCAGGGCACUACAGUGGAUCCCCGGGGCGCUACAGUGGAUCCCCGGGGCACUUCACUGGAUCCCCGGGGCACUACAGUGGAUCCCCGGGGCACUACACUGGAUCCCCAAUGUCACUACAGCGCUCAUAUCCUUCGGAUACUAAAUAUAUUUAUUUAGUAGGAUCCAAGGGGUACUAA